AUGACAAAUGAGAUGGGCAACCAAAAUACAUCUGGAAUAAAAGAAGAGGAGAAAGCAGCAGUUGAAGUUCCAGAAGGAGCCCAAGUAGCUGAUUUUGAAGAUGAAGCGACGGAAGAGGGAAACAACAUAACUUCAGAAGAUCAAACUGAAGGUUCCAAUGAGAAUGCAGAAGAUUUGCCUUCUCCUGAUAUACCAUCUGCUAGAGAUAGUAGAGCUGAAAUACAGGAGUCAGAUGAAAAAGAGCCAGUAGGAGGAGCCAUUGAAUUGGGAGUUGCAGUGUCUGGCAGUAUAGAGCAACUUUCCAAGGAUUGGUUUUUGUUGAACUUGCUUGUGCAAUCCAUAGGUGAGCCGAGUGAUGCAGAUGAACUUAUGCAGCAAGACGGCGAAUUUCUGUCUUGCAGAAGAUUAAUGAUUUGCCCUAAAAAAUUGUCCAUCUUGCUUGCUACAACUUAUCCAGAGGUAUCUUUUGCGCGGUUGGAGAGAUUCCUGGGAUUUCAGAUCACUGUAUUGCUACUUGAUUGUUAUGAUAUCUCUCUGUUGGUUGCCCCGGGGAAUUGCUGGUCUCCUCAACAAGGGAGAAAAGACACGGGAGUGGUGGGAAAAUAUCUGAAACUGUGCUCACAGAGAUAUUCCAAGUAUGCUACGGAUUGGAUCGUUGAUAUCCUUUGCAUCUGCUGCCACUUCAAGUUUCUUAGAAUCCUGGACUUAGAAUGUAUCAACAUGAAAACUAGUUUUCCUGUUUGGACAAAUGCGUACCUACCUGUGGAGACUAGAGACUUUGGUGGUGAAUGGAUACCAGGCGGGAGUCUCCAAGUAUUAUUUACUAUGGUGCAGCUCUUAACUCAGGAUUGGAGGCCUGCCAAACCUUACAACUCUGGUGCAUUUGAAGGGCCAAAUUGGGAAAUGAACAAAGAUGAGUUCAAGGAACUCAGGUUCUUGAAAUGGGUACUUCAGAACUGCAAAGAUUUGGAGGAAAUGCCCCUGGAAUUUGCAUAUAUUGCUACAUUGGAAACAAUUGAAGGGCAAUGGUGCAGAGACUCUGUACAAGAGUCCGCCAAAAGAAUUGGAAAUGAGACGAAAGAAAUCAAAGAGGAUUACACUGUUCUAUCACUCAUUCUUCCUGACAUAGACAAGUUCAAGAAAAUUGUGCUUUUGAUACCACGGUUGUUGCAUAAGGUGAAAGGUAUCACGGAAAAGCUCAAGAAGGUGAGUUCCCAAUUUCCAGUUUCUUAUUUCCCGAAGGCUUGCACUCAGGGUUUUAUUGAUUUUCUGGGAAAAAACAUAAAGGAGUUGCUGAAGUAUGAUCCUAAGUCAAUUGAACCGGUAAAGAAUCAUCUCAAGGAGGUUCAACUACAUUUAAAGACAUCGAAGUCUUUCCUCAUGAAAGUUUCAGAUUCAAAUGUUGAGCAGGGAGAGUUAAGUCAUUUUUGUGAUCGCAUCAGAGAUGUAGCAUAUAAACUGGAAUACAUUGUUGAAUCGUUUGAAUUAGAUGGUUGUUGGCAGAAUUCAUUAUGGUUAUAUUUUCUGCUUGAGGAUCUUAGACUCGUUAAUCAACAAGUCUCCAAGUUUCCUGGGGAGUUCUUUCCUGGAAAAUCUCAGAAUCUCUCUCAGAUUUCACGUGAGAUGGAAUCAAAGGAUAGUAUGUAUGUGGUCAAUGAAAUGGUGGUGAAUUUGAGUGAUGAAGAAGAAGUCAUUAUUGAGCGACUCACCAGAGGAUCCUUACAGCGUCAUGUUGUUUCUAUUGUUGGCAUGCCAGGUAUUGGGAAGACUACUUUUGCUAAAAGAGUUUACAACCAUCAAAUUAUCGUUCAUUACUUCCAUCGUCGUGCAUGGUGUAAUGUUUCACUGGCAUACUCAAAGAGGCAAUUGCUGCUUGAAAUUUUGAGCGGUAUUCAUGGGCUUACUGAUGAUAUUCAUCGAAUGUGUAAUGAAGAUCUCCAGGAAAAGCUGCGGCGAUGCCUGAUGAAGUACAAGUAUCUCAGAGUUAUGGAUGAUGUAUGGGACAUUGCAGCCUGGCAUGAUUUGGAGAAUUCAUUUCCAAAUGACAGUAAUGGAAGUAGAAUUCUGAUUACAAGUCGUCUUCAGGAUGUGGCUGCAAAAAUUAAACCUGAUAGCGAUCCAUAUUCUAUUAGCCUACUGUCUGAUGAAGAAAGUUGGAUACUGUUGGAAAAAAAGGUGUUCAGAGGAAAGCCAUGUCCUGAGGAACUGUUAUUGGCUGGGAAGGAAAUUGCUCAACAUUGUAAAGGAUUACCUCUUGCAGUUGUUGCCAUAGCUGGUCUUCUUCAAAAGACAGAAAAGAGACAGGAAUGGUGGAAAACAUUAUUAAAAAGCUUAAGCUCAGUGAUAAUCAAAGAUCCAGAAAACCGGUGGAUGGAAAUCUUGGAACUGAGCUACAAUCACUUACCAGAAUAUCUGAAAUCAUGCUUUCUGUAUUUUGGGCAUUUUUCUUGA